UAUUUAUUAUUGUUGUCAGCAAAAAAGUAUUAUAAUUGGUUAAAAAUAAAUGGUGUUUGGUAAUGGUUUAGCAACCAAGUAAACUUAACAGAAAAUUUAUAUGAAUGAAAGAGGAGUCAACAUAAACAUAAAUAUAUUAAAGCUAUGGCAGACUUGGAAGCUGUUUUGGCUGAUGUCAGCUAUCUGAUGGCAAUGGAAAAGUCAAAAUGCACACCAGCUGCAAGGGCCAGCAAAAAAUUAACUUUACCAGACCCCAGUGUUAGAAGCGUUAUGUACAAAUAUUUGGAAAAAGAAAGCCAACUUAACUUUCAUAAAAUUUUUAACGAAGUUUUAGGUUACCUGCUGUUUAAAGAUUUUUGUGAAAACGACUCGGAUGAACCUAUCCAACAACUGAAGUUCUAUGAGCAGAUAAAAUGCUUCGAAAAAACAGAAUGUUAUGAAGAACGUAAAAAACUGGCAAGGGAAAUCUAUGACAACUUUAUAAUGGAGGAAAUGCUUUCACACACUUAUGAAUAUUCCAAAGAUGCUGUUGCAAGUGUUCAAAAAUAUUUAUUAAAAAAUGAAGUUCCGGUGGAUUUGUUUGAACUGACAAUGAACGACUUUAGCGUACAUAGGAUAAUUGGUCGUGGAGGCUUUGGGGAAGUAUAUGGAUGUCGAAAAGCUGACACUGGAAAAAUGUACGCCAUGAAAUGCUUAGACAAAAAAAGAAUUAAAAUGAAGCAAGGUGAAAUGCUGGCUCUUAAUGAACGCAACAUGUUGCAAGCUGUGAGCACUGGAGUUGACUGUCCCUUUAUUGUCUGCAUGACGUAUGCCUUUCAUACGCCCGAUAAACUGUGUUUUAUAUUGGAUCUAAUGAAUGGCGGUGAUCUGCAUUAUCAUCUAUCGCAGCAUGGCGUUUUUAGCGAAGACGAAAUGAAAUUUUACGCUGCGGAGGUGAUAUUGGGUUUGGAGCAUAUGCAUAAGCGUUGUAUUGUGUACCGUGAUUUAAAGCCGGCAAACAUAUUGCUGGAUGAAAAUGGACACAUACGAAUAUCUGACUUGGGCUUGGCUUGCGACUUUUCUAGAAAAAAACCACAUGCAUCAGUGGGAACGCACGGAUAUAUGGCGCCAGAAGUGUUAUCAAAAGGAACUUCGUAUGAUUAUUGUGCGGAUUGGUUUAGUUUCGGCUGUAUGCUAUAUAAAUUGCUUAAAGGCCAUUCACCAUUUCGACAGCAUAAAACAAAGGAUAAACAUGAAAUUGAUAAAAUGACAUUAACUAUGAAUGUUGAACUUCCUGAAUCAUUUUCUGUUGAGUUAAAAAAUUUGUUGGAAAUGUUACUUCAAAGGGAGGUUUCUAAACGACUCGGUUGCAUGGGAAAUGGCGCCGAUGAAGUAAAAAUGCACAAUUUUUUUUGUGGAAUCGACUGGCACCAAGUUUACAUUCAAAAAUAUACUCCACCAUUAGUACCUCCACGAGGAGAAGUAAAUGCCGCUGAUGCCUUUGACAUCGGAUCUUUUGAUGAAGAAGACACGAAGGGCAUUAAGUUAAAUGAUACCGACCAAGAUCUGUACAAGCUUUUUUCGUUGACCAUAUCUGAAAGGUGGCAGCAGGAAAUAUCUGAAACAGUAUUUGAAUCAGUCAAUAUUGAGACCGAUAAGAUCGAACAAAAAAAGAAAUCUAAGCAAAAACAGCACUUUGAUGCAGACGAAAAGGAAUCUGAUUGCAUUUUACACGGGUAUAUUAAAAAACUAGGAGGAUCGUUUGCGUCGUUAUGGCAGACAAAAUAUGCUAAAUUAUAUCCAAACCGACUGGAACUUCACUCUGAGAGCGGAAAUAACAAGCCAGAACUAAUAUUUAUGGACCAAGUAGAGGACAUUUCAUCUGAGUUUAUUUUACACAAAAACGAAAAUUGCAUUCAAAUUCGCAUUAAUGAUGGUAGUCGAGAUGGUAGGAUUGUUUUAACGAACACUGAUGAAAUCGGAUUAAAGGAAUGGGCUUCAUCUUUGAGAUCCGCUCACAAAAUGUCGCAAGAUCUUUUAGGAUCAAUGGCUAAAAAAGCAGGAAAAAUUUAUGGUAGUGAACGAGAUGCCAACAAAUCUAUAUAUAUUUUAGGGGGUAAUUGCUCAACGAAAUCGUCGAAUGGGUCUAAUUAAUUAUAUAAUAACAUAUGUACAACAAAAUUACUGCUAUGUAAAACGACGUGGAGGUAUACACAAUGAAAAUACAUUUGGAAAGAUUCCUAAUAAA